AUGUCUUCCUCCAGUGACGAUGGAGUAGAUCCAGUUGAUUUGGCCAGCAACAUCGGCACUUGGGUCGCCGCUGGCGUAGCCAUCAUUGCGCUAGUCGGUGUAGUCGGUCCAUAUCUUGCUCUGCAAGCGUCGAUGAGUGAUAAGAAUCGAGCCAUGAAUGCAGUGCAAGAUCAACAGCAGAAAUAUAUUUCCAGAGGAUGGCGAUUGACUAGAGGAUUACGCGUGUUCAGAAAGAUUCAGGUGCCGAACCUUGCACCGGGUUACAUCACCAAUGAGCCGGACACAGCCCCGCUUAUACCGCCUCUCAGUGCAGCUUUGGGGCGUUGGGGGUUCAAGACGAGGGAUUAUUUGCCGUGGAAUACGGGCUGGGCUAAGAUGUCUGAGCUGAUUGAGUCAUAUGAAGUGCGAGAUGGGGUCAGCAAUCGACAAGUUGACUUGGACGUCCCCAAGACCGGAGGAACACUGGAAGUUGUCAACAGUCGAACAGCUUUAGUGGUGAAUAAGCAUUGGAUACUGAUGCUGGGUCUUCUCGGUCGAUAUGGAGACCGUGUCGACAAAGGCAUUCUACAAAGAAAAGGAAUCAGGAGGAACUUUGAUGGAGAACGCGCAUCGAUUCGACAUUUCGCCUUACCGAGGAAAGCCAAACAAAGGGAAUCAGAUCUACCAUUCGAAUGGGUCCGCAAGAAACAAACUUACUCAAUGAGUAGAAGGAGAGGCUCGUCCAGUCGUGAAUCAGCAAGUUCAAGAUCCUGGUCAGACAGUGAUCCAGACUCUGACGGAACCGUGAUGGCUGUCCGCCGCAGCGCCUAUGGGACUAUCACCCUUGAAACGACUCCACAGCCUACGAUAUACGGCAUAACGGGAAAACUACAGCAACUUGGUCGCCAUAAAGGAUCAUGGAGCUACUUAACUUCUGUAUCGUUUGUGCCGCAUAUCGCGAAAGAGAUCUUUGAAGCAGGUGUCAAUGAGAGGAGGGAAGGUUCCUCGCUGCAGACUUUGUUCUGGCUCGCUCAUGGUUUCUUGCCGUGUGGCAGAACAGCAGAGGGACGACAGAUGGUAAUCUCUCUAGAGGCACCGGAUCUUUCUGUUGCAUCGAUCGGUAGGAAUGUUGAUGAUAUACUAGCAUGGCCUGCAUACUCUAUCCAAGAGUCUGACGAUAUUCCCAUCUCGAUUGGUAUUGCAAUGCAGUGUCUUGGUAUUCCCGAGCCACAGAUAUUACAGUUUCUCCCUCUUGAUGCAGCGAGCCAAGCAAAAAGGGUGCUGGAAAAGACUAGCCGUCACUCAUAUGACGGGACUCAGAGUCCAGUAUAUGGAUCAGAUGAAGGAGACCGCCGAUGGGAACGCGAGACACCAGCACAGCCAGCCGGUCUCAGCAUCGAUGGCCCCUGGGUUCGUUACUCAGAUUCAUCAGAGGAAAACUUCUGCCUAUUCCCAAGACGCGAUUUCGAAAAGAUCCUGAGACUUGUACUCACCAUCGACUGGGAUAACUGGGGAUUCUUGACAUGGAAAGAUAGGUUCUGGAUCUCAAUUCUACGGCGGACCACUAGCAUUCUAAAGAUCAACGAGAUAUGCGAUUCUGAAUUUGGGCAAGCCUUCGGAUUAGCAUCUCACUCUCGAGUCUUUGACUGGAAACAAAGUGGCCAGUUCUACCCACAAAGAUUGGCAGAUCAGCUAUCGUUCGACAAGUUUCUGACCAACUAUCUCGAUACAUAUGACCUUCUGCCUCUUCGUGUCUCUCUGGGAGUUCUUUACAUUUUGGAUCAACAGCUUCGAGAGAACACCCUGAAGGUAUAUGCUAAUUUAUGCAACAACGGGGAAAACAACGAUCCCCGUUCUGAAGCAAGGGUAGAGUACCUUGAAACAGCUCUGGAGGAGGUUGAGGCGGAGCACCGGAUCCAGAAGAUCCUGCACAAGAACGAUGAAACACCAGUCACGAAUAAGGGGAUAGCGGGUAUUUCAGAUUCUGAGUCUAUUGAAGAGAUCUACACACACAUGUCGAUAAGAGCCGUGGAUACUGAAACACUUGACCGCUUCAACAUCGUCUACGAACCAGCUGAUGAUUUAUUGUACCGCAUUACCGGAUACAUUGCCCCGUGGGAGCAAGAGAUCCUCUUCAAACAUACCUCGAUACGUCGAGAGCUCAACCAAAUGAAAGCUUGUACGGCUAGUGGUGUGUUAGAGUACACGUAUAAGACAAGACAGCUGAGAUGGUACUCUGAUAAGACUUCUAUGUUAGAGUAUAGUACUUGGCAGUUGACUCCUCAAGAUGUGGUUGUCACUGGAGAGAAACAGUCUAUGUGGAUUGAGGAGAAGGAUAUGGUCAUGGUGGCAUUGUGGGUUGCUAAUAGAGCUGCGAUGUGGAUCGGUGCUCAGGACUCAAAGCCAUUGCUGGAGUUUGUAGAAGAUUUGGAUACAUAUGCAUAUGUACUAUAA